AUGAGUGACAAGAAAGAUAAUAACUGUCCAUCUGAUGGUGCGGUUACUGAAGAUGCCGUCUUCGGCGUCAUCUCCGAGGAUGGUCCCAAUUACCGCAACUUAGGACGGAUGGGAACAGCAAUUCUCAUGAUGAAGGCACAAAUUGGGCUCGGUGUCCUGUCAAUCCCCGAGGCUUUCAACGCAUUGGGCCUCGUUCCGGGUAUAGUUUGUUUAAUUGUCAUUGCAGUUGUAACAACCUGGUCUGGCUAUAUGGUUGGUGCCUUCAAACUAAAUCACCGCGAGGUCUACGGUGUUGACGAUGCUACUGGACUUAUAUUCGGCCCAAUUGGGCGGGAGGUCCUGGGAGUCGGAUUCUCUUUGUUUCUGAUCUUCUCUGGUGCAUCGGGGAUUCUGAGUCUCUCUAUCGCACUGAACGCGAUCUCAAGCCAUGGAGCUUGCACCGCUGUCUUCGUUGCUGUUGCUGCUAUUGUUGUUCUCGGUCUUGCCAGCAUUCAGACCCUCGACCGUAUAGGAAAGCUGGCUUGGAUAGGCCUGGGAUGCAUGCUUACUUCCAUCUUCAUAGUGACAAUCGCCGUCGGGAUCCAGGACCGCCCUGAAGCUGCACCGCAAACAGGGCCCUGGUCCUCUGAUUAUAAGAUCGUGAACUCGCCAUCCUUCGCAAAGGGCAUUGCAGCAAUCUGCCAACUAACCUUUGCGUUCACCGGAACCCCAUUCUUUUUCCCAAUUGUUUGCGAGAUGCGAGAUCCUCGGCACUAUACAAAGGCCCUGACCAUCUGCCAGUCCGUCGUCACCGUUACCUACAUCGCCAUCGGCGUGGUGGUCUACUACUACUGCGGCUCCUAUGUGUCCUCGCCUGCGCUGGGCUCGGCAGGGCACUUGAUCAAACAGAUUGCAUAUGGCAUUGCACUCCCGGCGCUAUUUGUUACCUCGACUAUUAGUACUCAUAUGGCAAGCAAAUACUUCUUCAUCCGAAUCAUGCGCGGCUCGCGCCACCUCGCCGCAAACACGCCCGUGCACUGGCUCACCUGGCUCAGUUGCGUCGGCGCAGUAAUCGCAGUUGCAUACAUCAUCGCCAGCGCGAUGCCGAUCUUCGGUAGUCUCAUUUCGCUUGUCGGUGCGCUGCUCGGGACGCUGCAGGUGUUCCAGCCGGCUGGGUUUAUGUGGUUAUAUGAUAACUGGAGCAGGGGUAGCGCUGGUCGGGGACAGCAAUCGCUGAAGUGGAUGUUUAUGGUUGGGUUUAGUGUGUUUAUGGUUGUCUUGGGCACCUUUUUGAUGGUUGCGGGCACGUAUGGCGCAGUGGUGGGCAUUAUUGAUGGAUUGAAGGCGGAUGGGGCGGAUGGGGCUUGGUCUUGUGCGGACAAUUCUUCUUGA